UAGAGAGUGAGCGAAGGGGAGAGAUGCGCUCCUGUGUGGCACAUUGGUUCAGGCUACCUUUCUGACGACGAAACAGUCAACCUGUGGAUAGCAGCGGGUGGGGUGAGGAUAUUAAACUCGCGAGCUCUACUGUCACUGCUGCGGACACCCCACCCCCCUUCCCUUCCAGCUCAAGCCGCCGAAAUCUAGGAUGCACGGGCUGCCAGCAGCUCCCGUUUAAUUCAUGAAAGGAGAGGGACCGACGCCAAGUCUGGGGGCGCGCGCCGAGCCCGCUUUAUGAAUGGCCCGAACAUGGAGGAAAUUCCGUUUGAAAGAGUCCAGACCCGGAAGGAGGGUCACUGUCCGGCCGCCACCGGUACAACCAUCGCUGCCGUCGCGUGCGAGGACGAGUUCGACAGCAAAGAGCUCGAGACGCUCUUCCAAAACUACAACCUGAAGCUAGAGCAGACGGCAACGCUCAAAGCCCUCGCGGUGCUCAUCGUGGCCGCCUCGUCCCUCGCGCUGAUGGAGCUUCUGUCCGGUCCCCGGCUCACGGUGUCCAAGGGCUCUCACCCGGUGCACAGCGUAGUGUUCGUGUCUCUCUUUAUAGUCACCAACGUCAAGUACCUGCAAGUGACGCAGCUGCAGCAGAUCGCCAAGCUCGCGCUGCUCUUCAGCUUCACCUUCGCGCUCCUCUGCUGCCCGUUCCCCCUCGCGCUUGGCGCCGCCGGCGUGGGGGCUCCCCCCGCACCGGAGCAAGGCGUGUGGCAGCUCAUGCUGGUCACUCUCGUGGCAUACGUGCUGCUCCCGGUGCGGACGCUGCUCGCAGUGCUGUUUGGUAUGAUGGUGGCCGUUUCCCACUUCAUCGUCACGGCGACAUCAGUCACGGCCAGAAAACACAAGCUCUGGAGACCGCUGGUGGCCAAUGCUGUACUAUUCACCAGUGUCAACCUGUCUGGAGUCUUUGUCAGGGUGCUGACUGAGCGUGCUCAAAGGAAGGUCUUCCUGCAGGCUAGGAGCUGCAUAGAGGAAAGGCUACGACUAGAGGAUGAGAAUGAGAAGCAGGAGCGCCUCCUGAUGAGCCUGUUGCCCAGGAACGUUGCCAUGGAGAUGAAGGAGGACUUCCUGAAGCCGCCCGAGAGGAUCUUUCAUAAGAUCUACAUCCAGCGUCAUGACAACGUCAGUAUCUUGUUUGCAGACAUCGUGGGGUUUACCAGUCUGGCGUCUCAGUGUACUGCCCAGGAACUGGUCAAACUGCUCAACGAACUCUUCGGGAAGUUUGACGAGCUGGCCACAGAGAACCACUGUAGGCGUAUAAAGAUUCUGGGGGACUGUUACUACUGUGUGUCAGGUCUGACCCAACCCAAGGCAGACCAUGCACACUGUUGUGUAGAGAUGGGCCUGGACAUGAUCGACACUAUCACGUCUGUGGUGGAAGCUACAGAGGUGGAUCUGAACAUGCGUGUGGGUCUGCACACGGGCCGUGUACUCUGUGGGGUUCUGGGACUCCGGAAGUGGCAGUAUGAUGUCUGGUCCAAUGAUGUCACACUGGCCAAUGUGAUGGAGGCAGGAGGACUGCCUGGUAAGGUUCACAUAACCAGGACUACUCUAGAGUGUUUGAAUGGAGACUAUGAGGUGGAGCCUGGCUUUGGCCAUGAUCGACAUACCUUCCUACAGAAACACAACAUUGAGACCUUCUUCAUAGUACCCUCCCACAGGCGAAAGAUCUUCCCAGGGUUGAUCCUGUCGGAUAUCAAGCCAGCCAAGAAGAUGAAGUUUAAGACAGUGUGCUACCUGCUGGUUCAGCUCAUGCACUGUAGGAAGAUGUUCAAGGCAGAGAUCCCCUUCUCUAACGUCAUGACCUGCGAUGACGAUGACAAGAGGCGUGCGUUGCGGACGGCAUCGGAGAAGGUGCGUAGCCGGACGUCGUUCUCGGGGUCCGUGCAGCACCCGCCUGGUACACGGGUUAACCGCUACAUUGGCCGGCUAAUCGAGGCUCGUCAGACAGACUCACAGACCACCGACCUCAACUUUAUCACACUCACCUACAGGAACACAGACAGGGAGCGCAGGUAUAACCAGGAGUAUGAUGGUAAUUUCAUCAGUGCAGUGAUUGUCUCUCUGGUCCUUGCUGCUCUCUUUGGCCUUAUCUAUCUUCUGAUGAUACCACAGGGACUGUUGGUGCUGCUGUUGCUGGUGAUGUGUUUGUGCUUCCAUGUGGUCUGUGUGAUGUAUCUUUACAUCACAAGUGUUCAGUGUUUUCCAGGGUGUCUCACCAUUCAGAUCCGAACAGCGCUCUGUGUGUUUCUAGUCCUGUUGACCUACUCUGUCACCCAAGCAUGUGUGGUGAGCUGUUUACCCUGGGUCUGGAUUAUGGGAGGUAACUCUAGUAGCAGCUCCGUGGAGACUGUUUCCAUGGACACGCCGAGCGAGCCAGGGCCAAUGAACAGUACGGUAGCGGAGGGCGUGUGUCCGAACGUUUCCUACGCUCUCCUCUCCUGCGUGGCCGGAACUCUCACCGUCAUCCCUUACCUCCGCGUCUCCUCGCUACCUAAGAUACUCCUGCUCUUCCUUCUCUCGGUCCUUUACACCGUUGCCAUGGAGACCAGCGGGUACCGCAUCGCCGUGGGGGGAGGUUUGCUCCACCCUCGGCGGUAUGAUCCAGUGCUGGGUCUCCUGUUGUUUACUGUAGCUCUGGCUCUACACUGUAGACAACUGGACCUCAAACUACGCCUAGACUACCUGUGGGCCACUCAGGCAGAGGAGGAGAGAGGCGACAUGGAGAAGGUGAAGUUGGACAACAAGAGGAUCCUGUUCAAUCUCCUACCUGCACACGUUGCGCAGCACUUCCUCAUGUCCAACCCCCGCAACAUGGACCUGUACUACCAGUCGUAUAGUCAGGUAGGAGUGCUGUUUGCCUCCAUCGCUAAUUUCAAUGACUUCUACAUUGAGCUGGACGGCAACAACAUGGGAGUGGAGUGUCUCAGGCUGCUCAACGAGAUCAUCGCAGACUUUGACGAGCUGAUGGACAAAGAGUGCUAUAAGGACAUUGAGAAGAUCAAAACUAUCGGCAGCACAUACAUGGCUGCAGUAGGCCUGGUACCUACCACUGGCUCCAAGGCUAAGAAGUCCACCUCCUCACACUUAUGCACAGUGGCAGAUUUUGCUGUUGAGAUGUAUGAUGUACUGGAUGCCAUCAACUACCAGUCGUAUAACGACUUUGUCUUGAGAGUGGGUAUUAAUGUGGGUCCAGUAGUAGCAGGAGUGAUUGGAGCACGGAGGCCUCAGUAUGAUAUCUGGGGGAACACAGUCAACGUGGCCAGCAGGAUGGACACCACCGGACUACCUGGCAAGAUACAGGUGACAGAAGAUGUGCAGCGCAUCAUUAAGGGUCAAUAUGACUUUGUGUGCCGUGGCAAGGUCAGCGUCAAGGGCAAAGGACAGAUGCUUACCUACUUCCUGGAGGGGCGGAUCCCCGGCAGAGGGUCACAGCACCAGCCCAGGAACCUGGAUCGCUCCCGGACAAGUCUUUUCAACCGUUCAGCCAUUAGCAACAUCUGCACCAAACUGAGCCCCGCCCCCACCAUGACCGUCUAUUCCACGAUGCGAAACCCCACCCCCGGCACAGCCACUGCAGCAACCACUUCCACAAACAGCACCAUCCUCUACCUGCCCUCUGUGGCUGUUCCCACGGCGAUGGAGGUGUGAGUGAGUGGCUGACAUGAAGACUGUCUCCAUAGUGACCAAGGAAUCUCCCUUGACGGAUAGAGAGUGGAGAUCAAGAGAGAGAUAGAGUAGAGCUGUUAGAAAGUCACUGAAAGUGAAAUAGGGAUGAGAGAGAGAGAGGAAGAAGGAGCGGGUUCCACUUUACUGGACUGUCACUACAGAAUGUGGUUCCACUUUACUGGACUGUCACUAGAGAAUGUGGUUCCACCUUACUGGACUGUCACUAGAGAAUGUGGUUCCACCUUACUGGACUGUCACUAGAGAAUGUGGUUCCACCUUACUGGACUGUCACUAGAGAAUGUGGUUCCACCUUACUGGACUGUCACUAGAGAAUGUGGUUCCAUUUUACUGGACUGUCACUAGAGAAUGUGGUUCCACGUUGCAGACGGACAGAGAAAUCAUCCAGGACCCAGUCCUUUCUCUCUCUGUGAGGAAAUGGAACUUAAGGAUUUUGGUCACUGGUCAGCCGGGCUAGUAGACCACAAUUUCUACUAGCCAAAGGUCCUAAAUCUGUACCAUGCAUACUUCACUCGCAUGACAUUGCUUUCGUUUUACUUUACCUAAAGAUUCCUUCACAUUAUGUAACCAUUCCCUGGUCUUACCUUACCUAACCUUUCCUUCACCUUACCUUACCUAACCUUUCCUUCACCUUACCUUACCUAACCAUUCCUUCACCUUACCUUACCUAACCAUUCCUU